AUGAUGGAGGUAGAAGGACUUCCUUUUUAUUCACUUUACCUCCCCCCCCACAGCGCCAAGCCCUCGCCGGAGGAGAUCCGGCUCUGGUCUCAGUCCUUCGACAAGCUGAUGAGGAACCCGGCGGGUCGCAACGUGUUCCGGGAGUUUCUGCGCACCGAGUACAGCGAGGAGAACAUGCUCUUCUGGCUGGCCUGCGAGGACCUCAAACAGGAGGCCAACGGGAGCGCCGUCCAGGAAAAAGCCUAUUCCAUAUACGAGAACUACAUUUCCAUAUUCUCCCCCAAAGAGCGUGCAAUGUUUAAAGCCGCCACAUCUAAGAAGUUUGAAAUCUGCACCUCAGUCUAG